AUGUACACCAUUUUAGCCUUCUAUACCUUUCAUACAGCAUACACUACAGUUUAUGAUUCUGAGCAUUACCACACUCCUGGCUUACCAAAGCCAUUGUUACGUUCAGAAGAUCCCAGAACUGACGAUGGAUUGAAAUACAUAUUAGUGUGGUCUACCCCUGAAUUCAAGAACAGGCUCUUCGAAGAAGGUCAAGGACUAUUUGUGAAAAACAACUGCUCUUACAUGAACUGCUACUUGUCCGAUGAAAUGCACCUCCUGGAAAGCUACAAGAAAGACUUUGACGUUGUGUUAAUAGACAUAGGUGUGAUAAGACAAUCGCUAUGGAACAGUGAAGUUAUGCCACAGAAAAGGACGGCUCGGCAAAAGUACUUAUUUCACAGUAUGAGGUCGUCCGACGAAACUCCGGUGUGCAACGUAAAAGCUGACGGCUUUUUCAACUGGACUUGGUCUUAUAAGAUUUAUUCAGAUAUCUCCACUCCUUUCAUUGAAGUGAUAGAUACAUCUGGUCAUGUAGUGGCUCCUCGGCGUGAUGUGAGAUGGAUAGAAAAUAUGAAUCCAAUAUCAAAGAACGACAAAAAGAAACUAUUGACGAAGAAAAAAGCGGUAGCAUGGAUUCCAGAAAGUUGCAAAACAAGAUCUAAUAGAAUGGAAUUUGCGAAAAAUCUGCAAGAAGCUUUGAAAGAACACAAUUUGGAGUUAGACAUUUAUGGGUGUUCAAUGAAGUUGUGUCCAAAAGAGGGAUGUAUGAAAGCUUUGGAAAGAGAUUACUAUUUUUACUUAGCUUAUGAACCGAGUCAUGCUGAAGAUUAUGUUACCGAUGAAGUAUUAAAAGCUUAUCAUCAUAAUACUGUUCCGAUUGUAAAGGGUGGAGCCGAUUACAGAUAUUUUCUACCAGAAGGCUCUUACAUCAAUGCCGGAUCGGGUUCAGUUGAGAAAUUGGCGUCCCUCAUCGAUUUCAGUAUCAGAAAUCCUUCAGUGUACUACAGUUUUCAUCAAUGGAAAUACUACUACAGAAUACGUAAAGUAAACCACAAUAGAGGUGUGUGUGAUCUCUGCGCAAUGUUGAACAAUCGGGAGAAUGUUCUUACUCAUAGCAAUUAUGAGAAGUUCAGGAAGUGGUGGUAUGGUGAUUUGAAGGAAAGAUGCUAUCCAGUCGGUGCUAAAGAAGAAAAAUUUGUAGUAUCUUACUUUAAUGAUAGUUGA